AAUAAACUUUCAUAACAGAACUAAACUGAUUUAUAAUUCUCAUUACAAUGAAUGCUCACCAACUAUAUUCCACGGGCCCAGGAGGCGAUUUGUCAGUCAGACUGUCACCGUGUCGCGCUAUUACAUAGCGAAAAAGUAGGGAUCCAGACAGACAAUCACGCAAUAGGCUCCACCCGAAAAUUUCGAGCUGAUGUCCCCUUAGGCCUUGGUCUUAUUAUCGCGACGACUAUGCGUGUAUAUAUACCUAGGUAUAAUACGUUCUCUCAUGCGCCUUGUAGCCAUGGUGUUGUUUUGGGACAAGACUUCGAAUUUAUCAAUUUGACUUGCCGCUCUCUUCGGUAGCAGAACCUGCUUCCUCCUAAGGUAUAAUAUAUAUAGACGACGGAUUUACGUAUUCCUCAGCUGUUACGCCGAGGAUCGUCAAGGAAAGAGAGAAAUGGCAUCUUCGACUUCGGAUUACGCCGAACAGCCGGAUGAUGGUGCUGUUGCGUCUGCGGCUUCUAAGCCGUUGAAGCAUUCUAUCUUCCGGUCCGUACCCUUUCAGAUUGCCGUUGCGUGUGGUGUCUCUUUUACCGCGCCGGGUAUGUGGGAUGCCCUCGGCGGUUUAGGGGCCGGCGGCGCAGCUGAACCAUAUGCUGUAUCGGCGGCUAAUGCUCUUGUUUAUGGUCUCUUCUCUAUCGUCUGUGUAGCUGCAGGAGCUAUCAAUAAUCGCAUCGGUCUACCGUAUGGUCUUGCUCUCGGCGCUAUCGGUUAUCCGCUCUACGGUGCCGGUCUCUACACCAACAACGUGAACGCCACCACCUGGUUUAUGCUCUUCGGCAGCGCACUCUGCGGUAUCUCGGCCGGUUUUUUCUGGGCUGCCGAGGCGGCCAUCAUUAUCGGCUACCCGAGUCCUAAUGACCGUGCUUUUUACCUUGCCAUUUGGCAGAGUGCUAAGGCCGCUGGUCCUAUCGUUGGCGGCGCUAUCAACCUUGGUCUUAAUGCGCAGCGCUCUUCAGCUGGCUCCGUCGGUUCCGCUACAUAUAUCGUCUUCAUCGCCAUCAUGUGCCUGGGCCUACCUAUUGCCCUCUGUCUUAGCCCCGCGAGCAAGGUAUGGCGCAAGGAUGGCACCCGCGUCGUCGUACGCAAGGAGGCGACCUGGGGUGCCGAAUUCCGGGCUGUGGGCAAAUUACUAGUAUCGCGACGUGUAUUGCUAUUGCUACCAGCUUUCUUCAUCAGCUAUUUCUACAACGGCUUCGUUAGCACGUGGCUGACUAAAUACUUUACUGUCCGCUCGCGUGCCUUUUCCUCCUUCUUCACCAACUUUGCCGGUAUCUUCAGCUCCUUUAUCAUUGCCGCCCUGCUCGACCGCCAAAGCAUCCAUAUCCGAACGCGUGCCCGCAUUGCUUUUACUGCCAUUGUUACUAUCCUUAUUGGCACCUGGAUCUGGGCAACGAUCUUACAGAAGCGGUUCUACGAUGCGCCGGUUUCUCCUGUGUUCGACUGGUUCAAAGGUGGCUUCGGUUCCGCGUACGCGCUCGUUUUCUUUUGGACCUUCGGCGGACAGGCCUUCCAACAAUUCCUCUACUGGCUUGUCGGCCAGUAUGCGACAGACCUGUCGUCGCUUUCGCACCACACGGGUAUCCUACGAGGUGUUGAGGCUCUUGGACAGACGGUUGCUUGGGCUAUGCAAUCCGAAGGAAACGCCAAUCACUUUGCCAGCAUCGGUCUCAACUUCGGUCUUACUAUCUUAUGUGUCCCGUUCACCUGGAUUGUGCUCUCGGAGCUCGACCACAGCCACGAGGUUAGAGCAACUGAGGAUCAAAGUGUCGUGAACGACCCGGAUAAGAAGCAAGACAGUGCUUCUGCCUCGGUUUAAUUGCUUUGUUUUUAAUAUCAUGGUAUAAAUGGAUAAAAGCAACUGGGGAUUUGAAUUUAAUGGGCUAUGCGAAGUAUCUCAUAGAAGAGCGAACGAGCCGGCAAAUAAGGAGAUUGGGAACUUUGGAUGAUACCCUAGCUGAUAGACAAAUAGAAAUCUUUUUUGAUAGGAAUAUUCCUAAUAAUAACAACCACCC